UCUGGUCCUUACAGGUCUCCAGAGAAAAAGCAAGACAACUGUCACUUCUCUACUGGCCCCACGGUGACCCUGUGGGACUGAAGGGGACAGGCCCCUCGGCAGUGGCUCUGUGAGGACAACCCUGUACCCCGAGGUCAGAGUGGGCACCCGGCCCCUGAGCCAUGCCGGGCCCCGAGCGGCCUGCAGCCAGCCAGAGCCCUGCACCCAUGUGGUUAUGAAGAGUCACAGUCACAAUGGUUGUGGGGGGCGGCCGCUGGGCAGUGUGUCAGGUGCCCUGGGCCGAGACCCUCUGGACCCCGAGGCCGGCCGCCCCCCGCAGCCCCCGCACAGCCCGGGCCUCCAGGUGGUGGUAGCCAAGAACGAGCCAACCCGGCCCUCGUCCGGCAGCCCCCGGGAACAGCCCCAGGACCAGGAUGAUGACGAGGACGAGGAGGAGGAGGAGGAUGAGGCAGGGCGGCGGGGGCGCUCAGGGAAGUCCCCCAACGUGGGCCACCGUUUGGGCCACCGCCGGGCACUCUUUGAAAAGCGGAAACGUCUCAGCGACUACGCCCUCAUCUUUGGCAUGUUUGGCAUCGUUGUCAUGGUGACGGAGACCGAGCUGUCCUGGGGCGUGUAUACCAAGGAGUCUCUGUACUCGUUCGCGCUGAAAUGCCUUAUCAGCCUGUCCACCAUUAUCCUGCUAGGUCUCGUCGUCCUCUACCACGCCCGGGAGAUCCAGCUAUUCAUGGUGGACAACGGGGCGGACGACUGGCGCAUCGCCAUGACCUGCGAGCGCGUGUUCCUCAUCUCGCUGGAGCUGGCGGUGUGCGCCAUCCACCCGGUGCCCGGCCACUACCGCUUCACGUGGACGGCGCGGCUGGCCUUCACGUACGCGCCGUCGGUGGCCGAGGCCGACGUGGACGUGCUGCUGUCCAUCCCCAUGUUCCUGCGUCUCUACCUGCUGGGCCGGGUCAUGCUGUUACACAGCAAGAUCUUCACCGACGCCUCCAGCCGCAGCAUCGGGGCCCUCAACAAGAUCACCUUCAACACGCGCUUCGUCAUGAAGACCCUCAUGACCAUCUGCCCCGGCACGGUGCUCCUGGUCUUCAGCAUUUCUUCCUGGAUCAUCGCCGCCUGGACCGUGCGCGUCUGCGAGAGGUACCAUGAUAAGCAGGAAGUGACCAGCAACUUCCUGGGAGCCAUGUGGUUGAUCUCCAUCACGUUCCUCUCCAUCGGCUACGGGGACAUGGUGCCGCACACCUACUGCGGGAAGGGCGUGUGCCUGCUCACCGGCAUCAUGGGAGCUGGCUGCACGGCGCUCGUGGUGGCUGUGGUGGCCCGGAAGCUGGAGCUCACCAAGGCCGAGAAGCACGUUCACAACUUCAUGAUGGACACUCAGCUCACCAAGCGGGUGAAAAAUGCCGCCGCUAACGUUCUCAGGGAGACAUGGCUCAUCUACAAACACACCAGGCUGGUGAAGAAGCCAGACCACGCCCGGGUUCGGAAACACCAGCGUAAGUUCCUCCAAGCCAUCCAUCAGGCUCAAAAGCUCCGCAGUGUGAAGAUCGAACAAGGGAAGCUGAGCGAUCAGACCAACACGCUUGCAGACCUGGCCAAGACCCAGAACGUCAUGUACGACCUCGUGUCCGAACUGCACGCCCAGCGGGAAGAGCUGGAGGCCCGCCUGGUCGCCCUGGAGAGCCGCCUGGACGCGCUAGGCGCCUCCCUGCAGGCGCUGCCUACCCUCAUCGCCCAAGCCAUACGCCCGCCCCCUCCUCCCCUGCCUCCCCGGCCCGGCCCUGGCCCCCCGGACCUUGCCACUCGGAGCCCCCCGUGCCGGUGGCCCCCCGUGACCGCCUCAGGGAUGACGGCCCUGCCCGCCACCGGACCCCCUAAAUCUUGGCCAUCGUGUGGCCACCGCCUCCGCGCCGCCGUCCGGGAUGCCGUGUACAGCGGUGCCUCUUGGAAUUCAAGAAAGCCGAAACAGAGUUGGGCCGCGUGGAUUAGAACCUGCCCCUCCCGGACUGCCAGGGCAGAGGGCAGGGCUGGACCCCACGGGAGAGGGGCAGGGGAGCCCGGAGCUUCCUCUGGUCACCUGGCCCCCCCGACUCUCCCUAGGCCCCUGGCGGGCUUAGAGCAGCCGCGGGAGGGGGUCCUCGCCAGUUUUGAAUAAAGCAGGAC